AUGCCAAUCCUUUCUAGAUAUCUAUCGGUGGUAGGAGUAGAUCGCGACGUAUUCAUAAAUGUGAGAGGUAAUUCAGUGUCACUACUCACUAUUGGAUUCUAUGUUAUGGAAUGGAUGCUAUAUAUUCUUUUGUUUGUUUUUGCCCAGCUUUUUAGGCGUUUAAUACACCCGCGCUUCUCUGACUUCAGCCUAAUUGAUCCACAAAUUUCUCAUAUGACUUACUCCCAAAGGGAGUUGUUAUUCCCAAGAAUGUUUGUAUUAAUGCUUACAGGCGGUAUAACAUUCUUGAGCGGGGGUACUAUUAACGCUUUGAGCCCCCGAUAUUCUGUGACAAGAAAAUGGUGGAACACGCACUCCACGAUGUUAACCAUUUUGGGCACAAACGCUGUACAAAGUACUGUAGUUUCGGUGUUGAAAAACAUCGCAGGUAAGACAAGACCAGAUCUUAUGACAAGAUGUAUGCCUGUUAUAAAAGACAUUGCUCCAGGCCAGUUCAAUAUCGACAUUCGGUCGUGUUCUACCGAUAAUUUACGUGUCUUGGCUGAUGGCUUUAGAAGCUUUCCCAGUGGGACGGCAGCAACGGCUUUUUCCAAUUUGACAUUAUUAACUUUCAUGAUUCUAUCUCGAGUGAAUAUCUACCAACAUGCUACUUCUUCAAACUCAAUUACUUUACCCUUGACUGGAUUUCCGAUUCUUUUUGCCACAUUGAUGAGUGCAUCCACUCUCGCAGAUAAUAGACAUUUUCUUACUGAUAAUGUGUUUGGAGCUGCAAUAGGAAUUUCAAGUGCUAUGUUGAUAUAUAGGCAAUAUUUUCCACCAAUUUGGAGGAAGCCUGCAAUGUAUACCUUGGCUAAUGGUACGAAAGUUGAGCAAGAUAUGACUUUAGCAUACGAACCAAAACGUUUUUUCAACGAUCAGGAGUUUACAUGGAAAGUCGACCCCUCACAACAAAAGGGUGAUGGUGAAGAACCAGAAAUUGUGACUGUAAGAAAUUUGAGUAGACGAACAUACCCAAGCAAUAGUCACGCAACUAUAUAG